AUGUUUGGUAUUAUUAAAACUGUUCAAUUAUCAACAGCAACAGCUGUUCGAACAUUUCAUGCGACAAAACCCUUAUUUUUAUCUGCUAAUACUAUUAAAGAAGGAGCUACUUUACCAAAACAUACAUUGUAUGAAAAUGAACCAAAAAAUAAAGUAAACAUUACAGAUGUUUUUGCUGGAAAAAAAGGAAUUCUAUUCGGUGUACCAGGUGCAUUCACUCCUGGUUGUUCAAAGACUCAUUUACCUGGUUAUGUUAGUUCAGCCAAGGAAUUUCAACAACUUGGUUAUGAUACAAUAGUUUGUGUAACUGUUAAUGAUCCAUUUGUUUGCCAAGCUUGGGCGAAACAACAUAAUGCCGAAGGACAAGUACGAGUAUUAGCCGAUCCUGAUGCAAAAUUUACCAAGGCUCUUGGACUCGAAAAAGAUAUGACUGCUGUAUUAGGCAAUGUUCGAUCAUCUCGAUAUGCCAUGAUUAUUGAUGAUAAUAAAGUAAAGAAAUUAUUUGCUGAACCAGAUGGUACUGGUUUAACUUGUUCUGUAUCACAAAAAGUUCUUGAAGCGAUCAAGAAAGGUGAUCUCACUAAAUAA